AUGAAACUUUAUAAUAAAAUGAAUCAAAAUGAUACUUUAGCUGUUGAUGUGAUUUUCUGUAGUAGUGAAAAAGUGAAAAUGAGCCUGCGGCGUAGUAAUGAUAACUUUGUAUAUCCAAUUCAUAAAAAUAUAAAUGAAAACUUAACUAUUACUGAAGAACAUUUUAAUAAUACAUUUGGAAGCUUUAGAAGUAAAAUCGAAAAUCAAUUUUCUGAAAUUGGAAAUAAAUUUUAUCGUUUUAAUAAUAAUAAAUCAAUUUUUGUAGAAGUAUUUAAUAUACCUGUUUUACCACAUCAUAAAAUAUGGCAUAGUCCUGAUUUUGAUUUUCCUAUUGAAAAAAAAUUAAUUGACAUAGUUGUUAGUAAUAAUAAACAAAAUAAGGAUAAGCUUGAUAGAAUGGUACAACUACAGAGUAAUUUAUUAAACAUGACAUUAUCAAAUGAUGAAAUGGUUAUAGAUGAUAGUAGUGAAUCAGAUAAUUUAGAAAAUAGUGAAAAUAAUGAUGAUAUUCCAAAUUUUAAUGAACGUACUAGAAAAAGAAGAAUAAAUGUAAAAGGAAAACAGCGUUCACCUGUAUUAUAUGAAAUAGAAAGUAUUAUUAGACAUAAAAAAGAAAAGAAUGCAUAUUUGUUUCAGGUAAAAUGGGUUGGAUAUAGUAAUAAUGAUAAUAGUUGGUUAUCUAUUGAUAUGUUUAACCAAAAAGAAUUAUUGAAUGCAUAUAUUGAAAGGCAUAGUCUAGGCAUAUUAUAA